AUGGAGGCUGACCCGCUCUUUCUCGUAAAGCAACUUUUUUACCAAGGUACAUUUUCAUAUACUAACGCCUCAGCAUGUAUAACCGAAUCUAUCUCACCUAUCUCACCUCCUGAUCCCUCAUCCCCCGAACAUCUCAACCGUACACUUUACGCAGCUCGUGCUCAUCUCGCCCUUCACCCAUCGAACCCCUCCGCCGCACUUGAACUGCUCACUCAACUCCCCGACCCGUCUGUACCUUCCGCCAGAGCCGUCACCGCUCUCGCCAAAUACGUAUCAGGAGAAGAAAAAGCUUCAAAAGUGGAAGAACUCAGGGAUUUAGUAUUGGAACUUGAAGGUGAUGAAGGGGAUAAAACGGAAGAAGGUGUAGUGAGAGUCAUAGCUGCUACAGUGUUCAUUUUGGAGAAUGAAAAAGAAGAAGCUGUUGCUACUUUGACAGAAGGUUGUGCUAAGGAGGAUUUAGAGUGCAUUGCACUUCUCGUUCAACUUUUACUCAGUAUGGACCGUCGUGAUUUAGCUCAAAGCGCCUACGCUUCCGCGAAGAAAAUAGGAAAUGAUUCUGCUCUCGUCCAAGCUAUAGAAGCGUGGAUUGGGCUGAAAACUGGAGCUAGACCCCUUCAUCAGUCUUAUUACUACUACGAAGAACUGUAUCAACUUCCUUCCGGUCGAACCCCUCCUGUACUCGCUUCUCAUGCUGCUGCUCACUUGCUUCUGGGUCAUGUAGAGGAAGCCAAAGCCGAUGUUGUUGAAGCCUCUCAGAGACAAGGAGGAGAUACUCACCCGGACAUACUGGCCAUUGGGACUUCUCUCCGCAUGGAAGGUUACUCCGAGAAACUAGCUUCUCUUGCUGUUCAACAUCCUUUCGCCGUUGAUUUGAAGAACAAAAAUUUGGAGUUCGAUGAAGCCGCCGCCAAAUUUGCCAUCACUUCUUAG